AUGAUUCAAAUCGAUGCCCAUACAUUAAGUCGCGAAGGCUUCUACAACCUGGUGCAGUUGUGCCAGCUCUUGAGUAAUCUUCGUACCAUCAUCCAAGCCUACUUGGAUGAUAAUCCGCUGCCCGAGAGUGUAAUUCGCUCGUUCCCAAAAGGUCGACCAACUUCUCGUUUGUCCGGCCAGCAACAAUGUCGCUCACGUAAGUCUGUCCGUAGAGCAUCACCCCAGUCCUCACUGGCUGUCAACAGGCAGCUGCUUAAAGGAAUAGAUCCUGAUUCUAUAAAAGAGGUAGACGUAGUGGAGCAAGUCAUAGAGGAUCUGCUAUGGAAUUCGACUUCGACUAGCAAGACCUCUUUCGAGUCUGACGGACUUCUUGGGGAAGAGGCCAAAAGCGAGAAUGACAAUGCCAGGCUGGCUGCAGGCAGUGAAGGCCAGGUCGUCUCAAUAUUGUCUCAGAAGCCCAAGCCUCUCUCGUUGAAGCAUUCCACCUCCUCUGAUGGCCCAACAUCGCAUCGGUUUCCUUCUAAACCUAAGGACUCAAAUGACUUGCAUAAAGGUCGGCUCAAGCGUAGGCCUGGCACUUCAGGCCAUUUACGUACCGGUGAGAGGGUGUCGAACAUUUCAGCCCGACGACAGCCAUUGCGUAAGGCCACUCUAACCUCUAGAAGACUUGCAAAAACAGCGCAGAAAAGGGAAGCAAAGGCACGGUCAUUUCAUGGUAAAUCGCACAGACAGACUCCUGUGAUCUACCCGGGAGACAAGCAUUUGUCAUGUGAGUCAGCUUUGCCGACGGACUUCUUUAUCGGUUUCACAAAGGCACUUACUGACCUCUCCAACACUUCAGAUACUUCAUCCUCUUCUUCCGAACGGUCUCGACAGGAUUUCUAG